GUAAAUGGCAAUGGCAUCCUUGAAGUGUCUCCUGCAAAUACGGAAACUAAUAUUCAUCAAACAAAAGGAUUAAUGAAUCUCACAGGGUGUAGAGAUGUCCCUUCCCUUGGCUUUACCAAUCAGAUAUCAGAUUUGCCUAAGCACAGUGACAAGUCAGGGACAGAGAUUCCAGAUGAUGAGUAUUAUGAUGAGGAUGACCACAAUGAAGUCGUUCAGUAUCUGCUGGAUGUUGUAGAUGAGGAAGCCCAGAACCUUUUAAAUCGCAAUAAUGCCACAUCAGAGGCCCAGACCCUCCUGCAUCUCAGGAACGCUGCAUCAGAUGAUCAUCUGCCAGGUACUGAGAGCCAUGGAAAAAAGAGGUCAAUAGCAACAAAACACCUCCUGAAACAAGAUGCUGA